UAGAGUGAAUGUGGAAGGUGAGUUGCUGCGAACCACCGUUUCUCCUCCUGCUAAAGGAACCCGAUGGAACUGCUGGAUCUGUGGAUGGACUGGAGGAUGGAGGACGAGGCAGUACUGGAUAGAGGGGCUUCCUUCCUUAAACACGUAUGUGAUGAAGAAGAAGUGGAAGGUCAUCACACUAUUUACAUUGGGGUCCACGUGCCGAAGAGCUAUAGGAGAAGGAGGCGUCAUAGAAGAAGACCUGGGCACAAAGAAAAGAAGGAAAAGGAGAAAAUCUCUGAGAACUACUCCGACAAAUCAGACGUAGAAAACACCGAUGAGACAAGCAGCAGCAUCCUUAAACCGCUCAUCUCCCCCGCUGCCGAACGCAUCCGUUUCAUCCUCGGAGAGGAAGAUGACAGCCCGGCGCCCCCGCAGCUCUUCACGGAGCUGGAUGAACUUCUGGCCGUCGACGGACAGGAGAUGGAAUGGAAGGAGACUGCAAGGUGGAUCAAGUUUGAGGAGAAGGUAGAACAAGGUGGGGAGCGAUGGAGCAAACCUCACGUGGCCACCUUGUCCCUGCACAGCUUGUUUGAGUUGAGGACCUGUAUAGAGAAAGGCUCAAUAAUGCUGGAUAUGGAGGCCUCUUCUCUCCCGCAGGUGGUGGAAAUGAUCGUUGACAAUCAGAUCGAGACGGGGCUUUUGAAAUCAGAACUGAAGGACAAAGUCACCUACACGCUGCUCAGGAAGCACCGGCACCAGACCAAGAAAUCCAACCUGCGCUCUCUGGCCGACAUUGGAAAGACCGUCUCCAGUGCAAGUAGGAUGUUUACCAACCCCGAUAAUGGCAGCCCAGCCAUGACUCACAGAAACCUGACUUCCACCAGUCUGAAUGACAUCUCUGACAAGCCUGAGAAAGAUCAGCUGAAGAAUAAAUUCAUGAAGAAAUUGCCCCGUGAUGCUGAGGCCUCCAACGUGCUGGUGGGGGAGGUAGACUUCCUGGAGAGUCCUUUCAUUGCCUUCGUCCGGCUGCAGCAGGCGGUCAUGUUGGGUGCUCUGACUGAAGUCCCCGUACCUACCCGAUUUCUCUUCAUUCUGCUGGGACCAAAGGGCAAAGCAAAGUCCUAUCAUGAGAUCGGCCGAGCCAUCGCCACUCUGAUGUCGGAUGAGGUAUUCCAUGACAUUGCCUAUAAAGCCAAGGACCGGCAGGACCUGAUCGCUGGCAUCGAUGAGUUUCUGGAUGAAGUCAUUGUGCUCCCCCCUGGGGAAUGGGAUCCAGCCAUUAGGAUAGAGCCCCCCAAGUCUCUUCCUUCUUCAGAUAAAAGGAAAAACAUGUACUCCGGUGGAGAAAAUCUACAGAUGAAUGGAGACACGCCUCAUGAUGGAGGACACGGGGGCGGGGGCCACGGGGACUGCGAAGAACUGCAACGAACUGGCAGAUUCUGUGGUGGCUUAAUCAAAGACAUAAAGAGGAAAGCACCGUUCUUCGCCAGCGACUUCUACGAUGCUUUAAAUAUUCAAGCCCUUUCAGCCGUUCUUUUCAUCUACCUGGCCACAGUGACCAAUGCUAUCACUUUUGGAGGAUUGCUCGGUGACGCUACGGAAAACAUGCAGGGUGUGUUGGAGAGCUUUCUGGGCACAGCGGUCACCGGUGCGAUAUUUUGCCUUUUUGCUGGUCAGCCACUCAUAAUUUUGAGCAGCACAGGACCUGUCCUUGUCUUUGAACGGCUUCUCUUUAAUUUCAGCAAAGACAAUGAUUUUGACUACCUGGAGUUUCGUCUCUGGAUCGGCCUUUGGUCAGCCUUCCAGUGUCUCAUUCUCGUCGCUACCGAUGCCAGCUUCCUGGUCAAGUACUUCACCCGCUUCACCGAAGAAGGUUUUUCCUCCCUUAUUAGCUUCAUCUUCAUCUACGAUGCUUUCAAGAAGAUGAUUAAGCUGGCAGAUCAUUACCCGAUCAACUCCGAGUUCAAGGUGGACUAUAUCACGCAUUACUCUUGUGCCUGUGAACCAUUAGAUCCAGUUAAUAGCUCGUUGUUUAACGGGACGACGGUGCCGUCAAUCGAUGAGCUGUUCUAUUCCUCUGCUGAGAGGUACAACACCACCAUUGACUGGUCAUCUCUGACAACGAAGGAGUGCUUGAAAUACGGAGGACAACUUGUGGGCAACAACUGCAGCUACGUCCCUGACAUCACCCUCAUGUCUUUCAUCCUCUUUUUUGGCACUUACACCUGCUCCAUGGCCCUGAAGAAGUUCAAGACCAGCCGCUAUUUUCCAACCACUGCCCGGAAGCUCAUCAGUGACUUUGCCAUUAUCUUGUCCAUUUUGAUUUUCUGUGGAAUAGAUGCCCUGGUAGGUGUGGACACACCAAAACUAAUUGUGCCAAGUGAAUUCAAGCCAACCAGUCCCGAGAGGGGUUGGUUUAUCCCACCUUUUGGAGGGAACCCGUGGUGGGUGUACCUGGCAGCAGCCAUCCCUGCACUACUGGUGACUAUCCUCAUCUUCAUGGACCAGCAAAUCACAGCCGUCAUCGUCAACAGGAAGGAGCACAAGCUCAAGAAAGGUGCUGGAUAUCAUCUGGAUUUGUUCUGGGUGGCCAUUCUGAUGAUCAUAUGCUCCUUUAUGGGUCUGCCCUGGUACGUUGCUGCUACCGUGAUCUCCAUUGCUCAUAUUGACAGCUUGAAGAUGGAGACGGAAACUUCAGCCCCUGGAGAACAGCCCAAGUUUUUGGGAGUGAGGGAGCAGAGAGUCACCGGAUUCAUCGUUUUCAUUCUGACAGGUGUGUCUGUCUUUAUGGCUCCCAUCCUCAAGUUCAUUCCCAUGCCUGUGCUCUACGGCGUCUUCCUCUACAUGGGUGUCGCUUCCCUCAAUGGCGUGCAGUUCAUGGAUCGUCUGAAGCUGCUCUUGAUGCCGCUAAAACACCAGCCUGACUUUAUCUACCUGCGCCAUGUCCCGCUGCGCAGGGUCCAUCUGUUCACCUUCCUGCAGGUGGUGUGCCUGGCCCUCCUCUGGAUCCUCAAGUCGACCGUGGCUGCUAUCAUAUUCCCUGUCAUGAUCCUGGCACUUGUAGCAGUCAGAAAAGCCAUGGACUACCUCUUCUCCCAGCAUGACUUAAGCUUUCUUGACGACGUCAUUCCAGAAAAGGACAAGAAAAAGAAGGAGGACGAGAAGAAGAAGAAGAAGAAGAAGGGCAGUAUGGACAGUGACAAUGAUGAUUCUGACUGCCCCUACUCAGAAAAAGUCCCAAGUAUUAAAAUACCAAUGGACAUCAUGGAGCAGGAACCUUUCCUAAGUGAUAGCAAACCUGCCGACAGAGAAAAAUCACCAACAUUCCUUGAACGCCAUACGUCGUGCUGAUACAAUUCCUUUCCUUCGGUCAUACACCAUGCCAAGCCCUCCACGAACUCCAGUAAAAGUUGUGCCUCAAAUUAGAAUAGAACUUGAGCCUGAAGACAAUGGUUAUUUCUGGAGGAGCAAGGGAACAGAAACUACUUUGUAAUUUGUCUGUCUGUUAAAUCUUCUAUGGAAUUUAUUUUGUCACUAGCCAAAUAUUAAAACGCUCUCUGCUCCCCACCUGCAUAGGUAAAUGAGACAUCCCGCGCUGCCCCGCCACCCUUGCCCCUGCAGAACUCCUCUGAUCCCUCCUCACCCGAUUUUCCCACGCUGACCAAGACUCGUUUUGCCUUCUCUGUCGCUUCGACACGCACGCAUCUCUCUCAUUUGCGAGCAGAGGGCAGAAGUAUUAAGGAUAUCGUAUCAUACCUGUGGGAGAUGUCAGAGGAGCUGGCAUUGCUUUAGUUGUGAAUCGGUGUUUGUCUGUUUGUCAUCUGGCAGAACAAAGCUGACCUCCAGGCUAAUUCGAUGUCUUGCUCACACUGCUUGAAGAUGCUGGAAAGUGCUGCUAAUGCUAACUCGCUCUUAAAGCCUGUACUUGUAGUUAACACAGGAAGGAAAAGGAAAAGGUACUUCACUCCCAGCACAGACAAACCAUUGCCAUCGUUGUAGCAUGUGUUUUGAAAUGUCCCUUUCCUAUGCAAUUUUUUUUAAAGAAACACUUUAAUGGACUUAAUCCGUCAGGUACAUUGAAGAGUGUUAUUUUCCUAGAUUAUUUUGUUUAAAUUAUGGGGGCCUAACCUACGACUUUUUUUUGUCAAUUUUUUUAACCUUUUUUUAAUUACUGUAAAGAAAAAUGAAUUUUUCCUGCAGCAGGAAACAUAUAGUUAUGAGUAGUUCUACCUCUUAUUUCUAGAUGCCAGGCUUUCUGUAAAAAAAUGUAUUGUACCGUAUAUAAUGUGAUUUUUACAAAAAAAGAAAACAAAAACAAAACCACAACACCACACCACAAUCUCCAGGACAUGGCAUAGGGCUGGAUCAGUUUGAUUAACACCUUCUACUCUGAAGCGUCUGUUCUACUUAGGGUUAUGUUAAUUUUUUUUUUUUUUUUAAUAAGUAAUCUAACUUUACUGUGAAGGAGACGGGAUGUAACUUAAAUCUCUUGUGAUCUAGGAAGAGUCUUAAAUGUAACGGUGGUAAGCGAAAUACUGACCGGCUACCGACGUCAGUGGACAGAUGCUGAUUGUAUUCAUGUUGUUGAUUUCCUACGCGGUAUCGUUCAAAUUAUUUCUUUUGGAACGUGGGUGUGUGCGCGGGUGUGUACGUGUAUACAUGAGAAGACCCCCGGGUGCACUUCAGGCACGAUGACGGCGCAGUGGAGGAGGAAGACAGCUGAAGAUGGCCUACUUGGGACGGUCAUCCCGACGCUGGUAUUCGCCAGGCUCACAGACAUCUGCAUCCUCUAGCAUCCCACAUCUGUUUACCAUCAUCUACAGAAUUCACCCUAAAUCUUGGCUGCUCGGCCCUAGACCCGUCCAUCCGUAGGCGGUGACGCGUCAGUACCACGCAGGCUAGGCAUGGGCAGGCCCAGGCUUUCGGUUUGAAACCAAGCAAGCAAGUAUCACCUUGGGAGAGAUGCUUUUCCCUCUGUAGCGCCUACGCGCGUCUACUUGUGUGUGCAUGUUAAAAUGCAUUUGGGAAAUGGGGGUUCACCGAGACGUUUCUUUGCU